UUCUUUUAGUUAAUAUUUAUCUUAUUCUGAAAAGAUGAUGUUCUAUCGCUUUAUAGUUUUCUGCCUUUUAAUCAUCGGCCUUCAUGGAAAUGCAACAGAGCUCAAUAUGAAUGACAACUUCACUGAUUCGAGCGUGAACCUUUUCAAUACCAAUAUGAGUAUUACUGACAACUUCACUGAAUCGAGCGUGAACCUUUUCAAUACCACUGUGAGUAUUAUUGACAACUUCACUGAAUCGAGCGUCAACCUUUUCAAUACCACUGUGAGUAUUGUUGACAACUUCACUGAAUCGAGCGUCAACCUUUUCAAUACCACUGUGAGUAUUAUUGACAACUUCACUGAAUCGAGCGUGAACCUUUUCAACACCACUGUGAGAAUUAUUGACAACUUCAGAGGUGUUUAUGUGACUACUAGAGGUUAUGGACGAGCUUACACAGCGCCUGUGGCAACUACUACAGCUAAUGUAACGAUUCUUGGGAAUGUUAACGAACCAACUGAAAACACUACACGAUUCACUUGUGGAAAAUAUAAUCCAUGCCACUGGCAGUUUUAUAACGUUUAUAACCAAGAACGUACGUUUGAAAUGGAAUAUCCAAGCGUAACAGAACACAAUCUCACUCUUCCCCGACCUUUAGUCAAACUGCUUGCUAUGUACGUCAUAGGAAUUUCAAAUAGCCCUGCCUGAUUUCUACUUUAUUCUGGAAUUUAGUAGGAAUAAAAUGCGACUGUCCGAAUAACACCGUAUGCAGAUACUAUAGGGAUAAUAUAUCCAUCCGGGCCUUCGAAUACCGUUGCAUGGAAGUGAAUUUGACAUCCGCCGAGCCAGAAACGUCCAGUGCCUCAGAAGCUUCUCCAACUGAUUCAGUCUAGUCUUUCUUCAAUUCAACUUUUUCAUGUAUUUUAUACUAAAUUUUAUGUAAUUUUAAAAUUAAUUUGAUUAAA